CUGGCGUGCCUUGCGCUCGCCGUUUUGGUCCCAGGGACAGAAAUAUGGGAGGGAGAGCUCAAGAAUAUCGAUCAAGAUCUCCGUCGGGAGACUCAAGAAAGGGGAGACAAGUCUCAAAUGGUUGACGUGGGAGUGGAAGAGUAUGAUCCUGGCGCUGUUCAACGUUACGAGGGCUGCAUCCACCCGGUCCAGAGCAGCAGACAGGUCGGAGACAAUCCGACGAACUUCGCCUCGCAGCUGAGGCGCAACACAAUGAGUGGUGUCUGUGAAAGCUUUGAACCUAGUAUCCGUCAGAGUCUGGUGAAGCGAAGCAAAUUCGCGAGCUGUGAUAAAGCCGUCAUAGUCGAGGCCUGAGGCCUGAGGAAUGG